AGGCAUAUAUGUGACGGACCAGAGGGAUUUUGAUACCAGGCCACCUUUGUUCCUGAGGAGAACAUCUACCACACUGACUUGUUUCUUCUUAUUCUUAGGAGAAAAUAUACAAAUGCAUAUUGCAUAUAUACCAAGUGAUGUGAUUUAACUUGAAUGAGGCUUUUAUAAAAUCUCAUAGUUAUGGGAAUGAGUGUGGUUGGGCAGGACCAUAGUAGUCUGCCACCUUCGCUGGGAGUAGUGCUACCCAAGACUGGUGAGAAGCCGUGUAGCAGCGUAAGUGAGCCGGUCAGUGCCUCGAGCUCCCCUGCGUUAGCACUUGAAAUGGCAUCUACUAAAAAGUCAGGAGCAGCGAUUGGACCAGUUGCAGACGAUGGAAGAGAGUUUAUUUGUGGAUGGGGAGCUGCAUUUAUUAAUGUUACUGUCACAUUUCCAAUGAACAAGUUAAUGUUUCGCCAGAUGCUGCAUGGAAUAUCCACAUCAAAUGCAAUAAGUCAGCUGAAACGAGAGGGACUGAAGAAUCUUUACCGAGGAAUUUUACCUCCUUUGUGCCAAAAAACAGUGUCAACAUCCAUCAUGUUCGGGAUGUAUGACCAGUAUAGCAGAUUAUUGAAGUUUUAUUUUCCACAUCUUUCAGAUAAAGCAACCUUAGCACUAGCAGCCACAUUAGCUGGAUGUACCGAGGCAGUUUUGUGUCCUUUUGAAAGAAUUCAGACAGUUCUGCAAGACAAAAAGUUCCAUGGAAAGUAUAAAAAUAGCUUACACAUCGCACAAGAGUUAAGAAAAUUUGGUGCAAGGGAGUACUACAGAGGGAUGUCCUCCAUUCUGAUGCGGAAUGGACCAAGCAACGUCCUGUUCUUUGGCCUGAGGAAGGAGAUAAAGGAGCGAUUACCAGAUCCUGGAAGUUCAUGGUGGGGACACAUUCUGACAGAUUUUGUGUCAGGAGCUUUCCUUGGAGCAUUCAUCUCCACUGUGAUGUACCCGGUCAAUGUCAUCAAAGCUCAUCAACAGUGUCAAGUGGGCGGUCCAUUCCUGUCCAUGCGGACCACAUUCUGGCAUGUCUAUCAUGCUAGAGGCAGUCGUCUCAGGGGUCUCUUUAACGGUGCUCAUGUAAAUUACACUCGCGCAUUAGUUUCUUGGGGAAUCAUAAAUGCAUCGUAUGAAAUACUUCACAAAUUACUGUAUAGUUAACAUCAGGAAUUGUAUAUAGCAAGCAUUUUGUAGUUUCUUUAUCUCCUUUUUUCUGUCAAGUGUUAAUGUGUUCUGAAUGAUGUUUAUGAAAUUUAUGAAUGACCUCUUAUUCAGGGGAGCAGGUAGGUUUAAGUGAUGAAUUUUGUUAUGCAGCAUUCAACCCUAUCAUCAACAAUACAUUGUAUUAUCCUCUCUCCAAAAUUGUACAUGUACAUGAGCAUAUGCACUCAUAUGCAGACAAAAAUACCAUAAAAACACACAAGUAUGCAUAUAUACACAUCCACAUAUAUAUAUACAUAUAACAGCAUGUGAACUCACACUUCAGCACACACAUGCAUAUGUACAGACUGAUACAUACAAUCAUAUACACAUGCAUACAAACUCGCAUGCAUGCACUUACAAGUGGGCACAGAUGCAUAUACACAUACCUACACACACAAGCACAGCCCUUUAGCAACAUUUGUUGGGUAUAUUAUGUUAAUGGCAAAAGAAAAUUAAUGAAAAUUAAGUAUUAAAGACAGAAUGAGUUUAUGCUGUUUUCAGCAUGUAGAUUAAGAAAUAUAAAAGCUUAUGGGAACCCGUUCAUAAAUGUGAGAUGUAGGGUUAGAUUUUAUAUGCUGUGUAAAUUAGAAAUAUGUUAAGAAUAUGAUGUGUAAUUUGUAAAUGUGAAAUUAGAAUGAAUUAUUUGAUAGUUGUGAAAUUGUGUAAAAAAGUGUAAAUACAUGUUUAUGGUUAUUGAA